AUGCGCCUGGGCGUACUUCUCGACCGGCUGGGAGAGCUCGGUCCCCGGCAUGCGCUCCGCAGCAGCCAAGCUCGCGCCGCUGCUUCACGCGCUGGAGAGCGGGCCGAACAGCGCGGAGGACGUGCCGGACAGCGAGUGCGUCAAGCUCGCGGGGGUCCUGUUCCGCGCGAUCCCGCUCCCGCUGCCCCUCGUCCUGCCUCUGAGCCAACUGGCAGCUGCCGGUCGCGGACUCGCGCUGCGCGUGCGCACGGCGGGCGCCGCGGACCCGGGCGGCGACCGCGCGGCGCGCCUCAGAGUGCUCCUCGAAGCGGACCUCGUCCACGCCGCGUUCGCCCUCACGGAGCACCGUUACGCCGAGGCCCGCGACGCACUCGCGCGGAGCUCCGCGCCGCUCCGCGCGCCGGGCGCCGCGACCGUCGCGCACCGCGCGGUCUGCGAGCUGCUCUGCGCGGCGUGGACGCGCGACCUCGGGUUCCAGCGAGCCCACCUCGCGCACCUGCGCGCGGCGCUCGACCUCCUGGGCCCCGCGCCAGGCAACGGAGACUGGGACGGGGCGCGCACGGGCAUCCGAGUGCUCGCGCUGGGCGCGCAGGACGCCUCCGCCGCCGGCGCCGCGGGGCGCGCGCCGCCGGGCGCCGCGUGGCUGCCGGGCUGGCGGGUCGCGGAGGCUGCGUGGGCGGCCAAGACGCCGGCGACACUCAUCCUGCUGCGCUGUCGGCGGGCGUGUUCGCGGACGCCGCGGCUCCGGACGCCGCGGCGCGCUGCAAGCGGGCGCUGCAGGCGUGGGCGGCGCUGUGUCCGCCCGGCAGCGCGGGCGACCUGGCGCUGCAGGCGGCGGCGAGCGCUGCGUCGGCGUCGGGGGGGGACUGCUUGGACCUCCUCGAGGGGUGUCUCGCGGAGUGCGAGGCCGGCGCCGGGCGGGCGUCGGCGACCGCGAUGCGCUGGGCCGCGCAGGCGGCGCCGGUCGCGCUGUUCCACGCCGGGGCGGCCGGCACCGAGUGGGCGGCGAGGCUGGCCAAGAUGGGCCGGAAGGCGGUGCAGGGGCGGAACGCGGAGCCGCUCGGACAGGCGCUGCUGGAGUCGGCGGCGUACGCUGCGUGCGGCGCGGACACCACGCGGAGCGUGAGCUUCCUGCUGGACGCGCUGGAGCGGGAGCUGCGGGCGAUGCGCGAGCCGGGCUUGCAGGCCAACGGGAGCCUGCUGACGGCCGAGGCGCUGCGACGCAAGGCCGCGACCUGUUGCUUCGGGACGAGGUCGGAGGCCUUCAGCUGCGUGAAGGAGGCGGACGACGUGGCGGCGCGUGCGGCGGGGCCCACCAGCGCUGCGCGCAUGGCCACGGCGUGGAUGCUGCUGGCGCACGUGCUGCCGCCGGAGGGCUUCCCGAGGCGCAACGCGGGCGACACGCUGCGCAAGAUCAUGGAGCUCGCCGUGGAUCUCUUCGACGAGCUGAUCAAGGCCGGCGGGGAAGACACACCGUACGCCGCGGCGCUCCUGGCCGUCGCUGGGCGCGUCCUGCAGUGCUCAAGCUCCGCGGACGCCGACGCGUCGUUCAAGGCCGCCCUGCGCUGCACCUCCGUGUCCGCGGCCAAGGGCGCGUACAUCGUCGCCCCCGCGGUCGGCAUGGGCCCCGCCACGCCAGCCGACAUCGAGGCCAUCGUCCACGCGUGGCAGCGGGAGGGGGCUCCCGCGCUCGACGCCCCCCUCAGCCCCCCCGCCGCCCUCGCCCUCCCGGGGCGCAGCAACGGGCACGCGACCUUCACCGCGGCGCUGGCGUUCUUCUCCGCGAACGCCUCCGCGGACAACAUCGCGCGCGCGCCGCCCCUGCAGUCGCAUGACCUGUUUCUGGAGCACUCCGCGCCGGCGUCGCGUCCCAUGUCGGCGAGCAGCAGCCAGCGCCCUUCGUGCCGCCCGGCGUCCGUCACGGACGCCGCCGUCGUCGCCGACUCCCCCCGGUCCCUCGCGGGGGGGGUGGCGUCCGCAGCGCGGUUCCAUAUGGGGGUGUCGUUGCGGUCAGGGUCGCGCUCGCCAGCGCAGUCGUGGCACCCGGGGCCUCUGCGGUGCCCGUCGGGGGCGACGACCGACGUGCUGUCGGGCCCGCCGACGCGGAGCGCACACGAGGUUGACUCAGGGGGGGAUGUUUGCCUCGCAGGCAAGCGGGCGGGGCUGUCCGACUCCCCGCGGAGCAUGUCAAACGCGGAGGAGAUGUCGGCGAAGGUCAAGACGGCGCUGGAGGGCAACAUCCCGCUGCUGCACGCCGCAUCUUGA